AUGCCGGCCACCUCAUCGUGGCACCAAGGUCCAGUACCCCGCAUUGCCGGGGGAAGCCAAGCGCCAGCAACGUUCGCCACUUGGAGAACUUUGCGGCGCCCGACUUACGGCAUCACACAGUACCAGGGCCUGCCGCGUCUUGCUGGGACACAGUAUUAUCCUUGUCGGUCAUGGGGCGCGUGUUACCGCGCCAUCGGCAGUAUCAUCCGCACCAGGUCACUGCUUAGUGGAAAUGUGGAAGAGAAUCCCGGCCCUGCAUUGAGGGGCAUGCAAUGGAACCCAGCUGGGCUAACACAGGCCAAACGUCUAACCUUGGGUAAAAAGCUCUACGGUGACAAUGUCACGUUCUGCUCACUGAGUGAGGCAAAAAUGUCCCCCCCUGAGGCUGCUAGUUUUGGACUUCCUGGGUUCCAACAUUAUGGGAUAGCUCGCACCUGUCGUGGUGGAGGUGUGCCAAUCCUCAUCAGGGAUGAGAUACAGGUAGAGACAGGACCGGCGCUUGUUGCAGGCAUUGAGCUUGCACAAGUGACCAUCCAUCUGGAAGCAGGUAUGAAACUGACGAUCUCAUCAGCGUACCUCCCCCCUGUCGCCACCAAGAUCACUCCAGAGGACCUCGAUAGACUCAACACAGACGGGCCACAGCUCAUAGGUGCUGACG